AUGUUUCCAAUUUCCAUAGGAGUGGGAUCACUGGAGCUCCCAGCUCCUUCAUUCGCUUUCGGGACAUGCACACUCCAGAUUGCACGAUCCACCCUCAGUGCAAUCUUGGCGGCGUCAUCGAAAGUGGUAACAGCCGUCUUGAGAACCUCCAGACGAACGUCGUACUUCAGUCCAGUGCAGAACUUGUCCCACUUCUCCCCAUCUAAAAUGUCCGGGAUAGUCAUCACGAUGUUCCGGAACUCAGACAAAUAUUUCGAAACUGACGAAACUUGUUUCAGUCUUCGAAGCCUGUCCCGUACCCUACGGACGUGA